GAAUCCGAUCAUGAAGUUGACCGUCAUAGCAAUUGCGACGAACCCUCAUUGACGUUUACUCUCCACCAUUGAUGUUUUUUCAGAGUUUCCAAGGUUUCUGUGGUGCUUCCUAAUUGAUAGCCGGAAUGUUCUACAACCUCGAGGAUGAAAUAUCUUCGGUCUCUCUUCUUUCCGAGGCCGCUGAAGUAGUGGCCAGCGUGCCCGCAGCUGGACUGGAGGACCUUACAGACUUUAUGGCCUUGUGCUCACCAAGUGUGGCAGACUAUUAUACUGGCCGACGCUCUGCCAAACCUUACGUUGACGACCUGGCGGCCUAUUUUCGAGAUCCGGGAUUCACAGGUCUCCUGGAAUAUUUGAUCAUGUCGGAAGGAGUUUGUCGAGAGGUGCUGCUACCUCUAUGUCUUGACUGCAUCGACAUUCUCUCUGCACUCUCUAGCGAAGAGAUGGCAAAAAUUGAUGACUAUGAAAUGGUUGAAAAUUUCAUCUAUGAGAUUGUUUCACGACUGCUACUAUUAGCGGAUAAGUUUGCAGAUGCUCGAGCAGCAUUGAAUGAGUCCAUCUGGGAAUGGUCCAAUGGAUUCGUCAAUCUUAUUAUUCGAAACCAAUCACCGUGGAAGCUUAGAGCUGGUGUAGUUUCGAUCAUGGGUGUAUUUAAUGCGCUAAAGACUGCACCUGUCAAGCCUCAGCUUCCAUUCCUGACCAAUUUCCUCGAGAUUGCCAAUCGCCUCUUGGAUUUCGAACAGCUUAAAGCUAUUGAUAAGGCAGCGAGGGCAACAGAAAACGGUGCAUUAAAGUAUCCGGAACAACGAUAUGAAGCCCUUGACGUCAUCGCAAGUUUAUUCGCUUACGCUCAGCAUUUACUUCUCGACACUCUGGAAGUUCAUCGGCUUGAUGCAACACCAUCUACAGCAACUUGGGAAACUGUAUGUCAAGGAAAACUUUGCAGCCUUGUAACAGAUAGCCAGUCUCGAGCUGCGAUCCGGUCUCUUUACGACGUGUGUUGGCGAUCGUACCGCAGGCAGACAUCUAACGAACAGUGUGAUGAGGGAGACAUGCUUGGCACACUGUUGCCUGUGGUAGUGCAAUCAGCUGUCCUUUGCUCAGUUCAUGUGGACCGAUUGGAAGAAGAUCUGUUUGUGCACCUCACGGCCAUUUUGGAGGAGAAAGAUCCACAUUUCGUGCGAAACGCCGGAGCGGAAGUCUUUGUUGUUGCUUUGGAAGGCUUGGGGGUGCUCACUGAAAACUUCCCUGCCAUGCGUGGGAAGAUCUUAGACACUCUCUUGGCCUUCAUCCGCAACCCAGCUCCCGCCUUUCUCCAAUGGGCCGACGACCAUGCAGCCACUGCCGCCAUGCGCCAUUGUGCGAGCGCAAUGCUGUUGAGGAAUUUACAGGCUGCUGGGAAAGAAACCAUAACCGUGGCUGUUCUGGAUAAGUGUGUCGACACAAUGCGGGGCAUUAUGGUCGAAGGUGGUACGGUGAAUCCCUGGUCUUCCGCAUGGGAGAAGGGCCUCGCUCAGCAGAAUUGCGCUGUUGCCGUCGCCACGAUUGCACGUAUAUUGGGGAAGCAAGAGAUUUUGAAAGUUCUGACGAUCGCUUUUGAGGGUUCCCUGAAUGAUCCCAAAUUUCCGUCUCACGAUCUCAUUUGGGAAAGUCUGGGAAAUAUGGGCUUGACCUGCGAACCCGACGUCUUCCAUCUCGUAUUGUCAACACUUAGCCGACAGCUGUCACCAAAGAGCACGGAGGUUCGCCAUACUUUAGCGCGCGGAGCCGCGAAAUCACCAGUCUUCUCGGGCAUUUACCUUCAACAGGUUUUGACGUCAUUUACCGAGAAGGCCAUGCGAAUCAGCAAGCAGACUGCCAACAUUGUUGCAGAGCUCUAUGACAUUGCCUGGAUAGCGAAAGUGAUAUGCGACGAGGAGCAUAUUCAGUUGGCAGACGAGAAAUCAGGGAGAAUUCGAACCCUCUCUCGUGAUUUCUGGCUGUGUGCUGUUAUAUAUGUGAUGAAAUCUGAUGGAUCCUGGCCAAAAGGAUGGCCCGCAAUACUGCGCCAGAUUGCCGUCAAGAGUCCUGUAAUGACUCUGGCGCCUCAUGAGAGGUUCUUGGAAGCGGACCUUCGUGCACAUUCUGUGUUAGAGAAGAGUUUUACGGACGAGACCCAGCAGCGCGUGCGGGGGAAUUUAGUACAAGCCUUCCCGGAUCAGGCGAGCAAUAUCAAGUUACUGUCGUUCGCCAAGUGCGCAUACCUACUGGCUGUACGUGAACUAGAAGUGCUCCGCGGGCAAAGAGCCGAUGUGAAGGCCAUGUUAGAGUAUCUCACAGACGACCGCUUGUAUAACGAUGAAGCCUAUGGGUUAUUGCACUGCAUCGGGGACGAGGUUGUGUCCACCUUUCUUAAAAAAUGCGUUGAGAAAAAGGAGGAGGGUCGCAUAGAGAUCGAAAGACACAUUGUUGAGCUCCUGUAUACUGCCGCAAGCCGGUUGGACCGUGCUCGAAUGUUUGCAGUGAAAACGAUUUACAAAAUGCUGGCUAUGUUCCCGUGGCUACUCUGGAAUCGUAAAGCUGUUUACCUCAUGUUGGAUAUGGUUCAAUGUCUCGAUACGAAGUUCCAACUGGAUUUGGAUCGCAGGAAAUUGCUUCGGGCAAAGAUUGGAAUGGAACUGACAUUUCUUAAUGACUCCGAUAUAUACGGAGCGUCCAAAGCAUUCUCCGAUUUCUGUGCCCGCUGGAUGACGUUGGCUAUACAGCACUCGUCUAGCGAAACAAUGGGCAUGCUGCAGGGAUACCUAGUGGAUCUACACACAAACUUUCCGGAGCUCGGAUUAGGGGAUAAAUCAGACUUAAUGUUGUUGCUGGGACGCUUUUGCUCCAGCGAUGAUAUUAUAUCCUCCAUUAUAAGAUCUGUCGGCAAGCAGGCGCUGUACUACGGAGAGGUUCGAGGCAUGUUAAUGGUCCUGAAUCCAUCUGGUCCAGGCCGCAGCCAAAAAAAUCCCUUUGAGAAAAUUUCGAAACAUCUCCGCGCCGAUCUCCGCGCGGUAGUCACUCACUCCUACGACCCGGACUUCGCUGUGAAGCUUCAUCCUAUAUUACACAGAGCAGCGGCGCUGGUGCUAUUGAAUGACCAGGGCGAAGAUGAAACUUUGGAGCUGAUUUGCUGGACUCCCGUGACGGUGUUUACACCGGCCGUCAUGGACAUGACAAUCUCCGUUUGGGGUUGGCUCAUGUUAAGUAGACCAGAAUUGGCACCCAGAAUUAUGGCGCAUAUGGUAGCGGUAUGGGAGACCACUGCAUACGAAAGAAAGGGGCUGUACUCCCCCCAUUACAAAUCAGCAAACCCAUUCUACGCCAAAAUGACGUACACGUCUUCAAAAAAGCCAGCAGAUGAAGCUCAUCGGGUGGUUCACCUCAGUUGGAUAAGAUUCUUGUUAGAUCGCUUCAAGUCCGCCCGAGUACAAAGCGAAGACCACGUUAAGUUCUACGCCAAACUUUACCAGAUUGCCCACGAGCAUGCAAGUUCUAUCCGAUUCUCUUGGUACAUUCGCGAACCAUACUUCUUGUUGUUGACUUUGGGAGCCCAAAUUGCUGAACAUCUAGGAGUGAAAGGCGACCCAUCCGCCUAUACCAUGUGGACCAAUGUCCUUGAUGAUGCUUUGAAAUGGUUUGAAGUACCAGCGAGUUUCGGAACGAUUGAAAAGCGCGAGCUGCAAAUAUUGGUCGAUUUCCAUGCUGCAAUCAAGGCAUUCAGACCCGGUGGACACUCUCCAGCCGUACUGAACGGCGUUGCUGGAAAGUUUAUCAGGACAGCAUGGCUUACGGCGGCGCCUUCUGGACGAGUUCAUCUUGCAGACGCACAAAAUCUUCUACUAUUACUUCUCGAGAAUGAAAUCCACCGUCUCGCCACUUGGCUGAAUCCUGUAGAUGACAAGAAGAUGGGUCUCCCAGAACUACCGCAGACCAGCGAGCGUGCGGUCAACUGGCCCUCAAUGAUUCGCAUUGCUUGGAGCAUCAGCCCUCGUAUUGCAAUUCAGAUGGGUAACCGUUUCAGUCACGCUGGAGAACAUCUGGACUCAUCCUUGGUGGCGUUAUGCUACGCAUCACCUGCAUCGGUUUUGGAUGUUCCAGAGGCCUUGCCGCAUAUCCUAAAAAAUGCUGCAAGUCUGGUGUCUGACCAUCAGCUACGGUACAUUUUGCACUGGACAGCGGUUCCUCCAAUAACAGGGGUGUCAUUGCUUGGGCAACAGUACAAAAUGCAGCCAUGGAUAUUACAGUAUGCCGUUCGAGUCCUUGAGCACUUCCCUGUGGAUCAUGUUUUCUUCUACAUUCCACAAAUGGUGCAAGCUCUUCGCUAUGAUACUGUUGGCUACAUCGAGCACUUCAUCCUUUUGGCCGCUAAGACUUCACAGCAUUUUGCGCAUCAGAUCAUUUGGAAUAUGAAUGCCAAUAUGUACAAGUUCAACAAAGAAGGACAAGCGGAUGCGCCCGAUUCUUUAAAGCCAACUUUGGAACGGGUCCAAAAUAAAAUUAUUAACUCGUUGUCAGGGUCUGACAAAGACUUUUAUGAACGCGAGUUCCGCUUCUUCACCGAAAUCACGGGCAUCUCAGGAAAGCUUAAGCCUCUUGUUGAAAGCGGAGCUACAAAGGCAGCGAAAAAGGUCAAGAUUGAUGAAGAAAUGGCGAAGAUUGUUGUAGAUGUUGGGGUCUAUCUGCCGACGAAUCCUGAAAGCAUUGUGGUGGAUAUAGAUUAUAAGUCCGGUAGGCCUCUUCAAAGUCACGCCAAGGCACCUUUCAUGGCAACUUUCAAAGUCAAGAAUGCCGAAGACAACCGCACGGGAAAAUCAUCAGAUGACUCGGUUGUCAAACAAGAUACCACGCGAUGGAUGUCCUCAAUAUUCAAAGUCGGCGACGAUUGUCGCCAGGACGUUUUGGCUCUGCAACUGAUUAGCAUAUUCAAGAGCAUCUUCUCAAAGGCGGGCCUUGAUCUUUACCUGUUCCCUUAUCGAGUUGUGGCCACUGCGCCAGGCUGUGGCGUUAUUGAAGUCAUACCAAAUUCGACUUCUCGUGAUAUGAUGGGCAGGGAACAAGUUAAUAGCCUUUACGACUGGUUCAUCGCAUCCUUUGGCAAAGAAGACUGCGUCAGCUUUCGAAAGGCACAAUCUGAGUUCAUAAAAAGUUUGGCGGCAUAUUCUCUGAUUCUGUUCAUACUCCAAAUCAAAGAUCGCCAUAAUGGAAAUAUCAUGUUUGACAACAGUGGGCACAUGGUCCACAUUGAUUUCGGAUUUAUGCUGUCGAUCGCCCCCGGUGGCGGAAUUCUCGAAGCUGCACCCUUCAAACUGACUACCGAGAUGGUGCAAGUUCUCGGAGGUGAUGUCAACGCUCCACAGUACCGAUUAUUUUCCGAGCUUUGUGUGAAGGCGUAUCUGGCCUGCAGACCAUACGCAGAAGAAAUUACGCAAAUGGUCUCAUUAAUGAUGGAAUCUGGAUUGCCUUGUUUCAAGGGAGACGUCACAAUACGUAAACUGAAGGAGCGUUUCCAACUGGAUAAAACUGAGCGACAGGCGGCCGAAUUCAUGAUGACUUGCAUUCGUCAGUCGCACGAGAACACGAGAAGCGGCCUUUAUGACCGCUUCCAGUACCUGCAAAACGGCAUUCCAUAUUGAGUGAAAACAAUCAUUCGUUUGCAGAUGGUCGGCCCCGCUUCUCCCCUUCUGUUCUUUUGGCUGUUUCAGCAGCCAUUGCUUCUAAUUGUUCUUGAACCACACGCCGCUGGUACCGGCAAAACUCCCUAUACGCAAAAGUGACCAUAGAUAUUAAAAAUGUAAUUAUAGCGAGAUGCUCUUGCAUAUUAAUUCGAUCUGCAGGUAUAUACCAUGAAAGCAUUGAGAUGGCACCAAAAGAAGCAAAUCCCCAAUUCCCUG